GAAACAAAGGAAACUCACUUUUAGAAAGACUUCUUCUUUUGAGUCGAGCCUUUUACAUUGAGAGCUUUAUAGUCUCACUGGAAUGGUAAGACUGACGUUUAAUCUCAAGUAUUUCUGAAUAUAUUAUUUUACCCACAGAAUAUACCCUGGAAAAAAUAUGAGACAUCUGUUUUUCCCUGACACUGGACAGCAAGAGAGUUAACACACAAUGGGGCAAGAAGGAUCUCAAAAUAAGCAAGGAGGCCAGCAUUUCCAGCUAAUCUCUUGGGUCAUUGCUGUUGUUUUCAUCUCACUUCUUGGUGCCUGCUGUAUUGCAAAUUGUUUGGUGACUCAUACCAACUUUCUACGCUGUAGGAGAAGCACUGAAGUGUCCAAGUUAGGAGGACACCGCAUAAACCUGACAUGCAUCGAGGAAAAAUCAGACCUGAAAGGGAACAUCUGGAAUUGCUGUCCUAUUGGCUGGAGAGCCUUCCAGUCCAGCUGCUAUUUCCCUUUUCAUGACAACAAGACAUGGGCGGAGAGCGGGAGGAACUGUACCAGGCUAGGGGCCCACCUGGUCACCAUCAGCACAGAAGCUGAGCAGAAAUUUAUUACUCAAUUUUUGGAUAGACGAUUUUCAUAUUUCCUGGGACUUUCACAUGAGAAUCCUGAAGGCCUUUGGCAAUGGGUGGACAGGAUGCCAUUUAACUCGAGUAUGGAAUUCUGGCAUAAGGGUGAACCCAAUAACCAUCAGGAAGAAAAUUGUGUUGUCCUUGUUAAUGACCAAAACAAAUGGGCCUGGAAUGGUUUUUCUUGUAACUUUGAGGCAAGUAGGAUUUGUAAGAAACCUGGAAGAAUACUCGCCUGAAAGCUAUGAAGAAGUUCUUGUGAUGCGGACAGGGAAGAAGAACCCAUUAGACCAGGGAAGAAUGUACAUGCACCACUGGAAUAGAGAAAACAUACUAGAUCACAGAACAUUUUCAGUCAUGAUGGGACUUAUUUAUUCAGUUCAUUCAAGAUAA